AUGGUAACUUUCGUGCAGCAAGUGAAUUGUGUAACUGUCACUGACAUUAUACUGUAUGUGGACUAUGGGGAAGAUACAUGGUCAUCAUUACCCCCAAAGGAACAUCUACUCAUAUUCUGCGAUGUAGUCGUCCACAUUAUUCUUCUGCGGUCACUUCCCGACAUUCUUGCACUAGCCGAUGUCAUGAUUAUGCUCAGUAUGAGACCAGCCGAAGUAAAAAAUUUGUGUAUUGAAAAUGGACACGUGACUGGUUUUGCCAAAAGUCCCGAUGAUGCAUUGUUCGAAACUCAAUUGUUAGUUGAUUCAGAGAAGCCAAUAGCAACUACUUCAUGUCUUUCACGGUUGCGCACUGAAUUAAGAAACACUGGGGCUUUAUCUGAAAUUAUCAACGCAACGAAAAAUCCAAAUAUCACUGCAUUGGCAAAUAGAAUGCAAGCCGAAAAACCACCAGCCGAUGUUAUGAUUAUGCUCAGUAUGAGACCAGCUGAAGUAAUAACUCUGCGCAUUGAAAAUGUACAUGUAAUCGGUUUUGCUAAAAGUCGGGGAGACAGCGCUCCAAGAUCAUUUCUGUCAAUGGAAAAAAGUGAAACACGUGCGAAAGAACUACUGACAUGGAUUCAAAAAUCAAUAGAUUCUGGUAUAUUACGUGAUCCUGGUAAACCAGGAGUCAAGUGGUUUAAUACGUAUUUGAAGCAAUACAACAUCAAGCCAAGUGAUUUACGCAAAAUUGGUCUAGAUCAUCUUUCUAGAGUAGAUGGCGGACGUAACGAUUCUCAUCGGUAG